UUUUGGAUUCUUCUUGCAGCGUAUUGUAUUAGUCGUCUCUCUCCGUAAAGGUUUUUGACGAAGAGGGAUUCGCAGCCAGCCAAGAUGUCUCGUCAAGCAGCUAGAUUCAUCGCUAAUCUCUCAUCAAAACUCACAUCUUCAUCUUCCAAUUCCAUCUCUCACUCGCGUUCAUUCGCCACUGCUCCUCCACCACCGGCUGUCUUCGUUGACAAAAACACUCGCGUCAUAUGUCAAGGAAUCACCGGGAAAAACGGCACCUUUCACACCGAACAAGCAAUUGAAUACGGCACUAAGAUGGUUGGUGGAGUUACUCCGAAGAAGGGUGGAACAGAGCAUUUGGGGCUACCUGUUUUCAACUCGGUUGCAGAUGCAAAAGCUGAAACCAAGGCGAAUGCGUCCGUAAUUUAUGUGCCUCCGCCUUUUGCUGCAGCAGCGAUCAUGGAGGCGUUGGAGGCUGAACUGGAUUUGAUCGUUUGCAUUACAGAAGGAAUACCACAACAUGAUAUGGUUAGGGUAAAGGCUGCUCUUCUUCAACAGUCAAAAACUCGGUUAAUUGGACCUAACUGCCCUGGUAUCAUUAAGCCUGGAGAAUGCAAGAUUGGAAUUAUGCCUGGUUAUAUUCACAAACCAGGACGCAUUGGUAUUGUAUCUCGGUCCGGCACGCUAACUUACGAAGCAGUUUACCAAACAACUGUUGUUGGCUUAGGCCAAUCCACUUGUGUAGGCAUUGGUGGGGAUCCUUUCAACGGGACCAACUUUGUUGACUGUAUGAAAAAAUUCAUUGAUGAUCCUCAGACAGAAGGUAUUGUUUUGAUUGGUGAGAUUGGUGGUACUGCAGAAGAAGAUGCAGCUGCCCUUAUAAAGGAAAGUGGGACCGAAAAGCCUAUCGUUGGCUUCAUUGCUGGACUUACUGCUCCGCCUGGUCGACGUAUGGGUCAUGCUGGAGCCAUAGUAUCAGGCGGAAAGGGUACUGCACAAGACAAAAUCAUGACCCUCAAGGAAGCUGGUGUGACAGUUGUGGAAUCACCAGCAAAGAUUGGAUCUGCAAUGUUUGAGGUGUUCAAACAGAGGGGUCUUGUAUGAUUCCACUUUCGUAUUAAAGACCAUUUUCCGUCCUCACAAUAACCAUGAUUAAAACAUCCAGGCGAGCUUUAUAUGAUUUGAAAUAUUUACGUUUUGAGCAUUUUUAGCAAUUUUUUUUAUGAAAAAGCCAAGUGUUAUGGCGUUGUUUUUUUAGUUUUGCAAAUUCAAAGUUGGAAAAAAAUAGAGGUAUUUGGAAUUCAAAUACCAAGUUAUGAUCAGUUAAGUGCAAUGGAACAGAACCUUUUUUUUUGUCUAUUUU